UAUCUAUUUAUUGUAAAUAAAAUGAUGAGGAAUGGUGGUAUUUAUGAGUUCGGUAAACGUUUACGUAGUAAUUCAAUAAAUCGUAGAAUAUUUAUAGUUCUUAUAUUAUUUUGUUUAUUUUUACUCUACUUUGGAUCGUCAUUAGCUCAGUGGUUUUUUAAUGAUAAAACACCAAUAAAAGCAUUUGAAGAUAUUUGCCUUGAAGAAAAAUUAUCAAGUGCUUAUGCAGAAGCUCGGAUUUACGAUGCAGCAAUAACUGAACACACUAGCGAUGACCAGACGUCUUCCUCAUCAUCACUGUCAGUCCCAUUAUUGUCAUUUGAUGGCAAAUAUUUACCUUACAUAGGCAAUGGAUUGUUCGGAGUGGAAAUUAAUCCAAAUAAUGCGCGUGUUUUUAUAAAACACGGCAGAACACUUUCGCUGAACACUCAAUGGGACCCAUUAGUCGCAAUAACGUCUGAUAAUAAUAACCAGCGGGUCGCUGAUGUCAUUCACUUCACUCAGGGUAUUGUGUCCAGGUAUCAGUGCAUCAGAGAAGGCUAUUCAAUUAGCCACAAGUAUUAUGUACAUCAAGUAUUAGAUAAAAUCCUGGUUCAGGAUGUCACUAUCACCAAUCCCUCUUCGUUGGCGCAAAGCGUUACACUGAAAUUGAAUGGUAAUCAACAUUGGACUGACAGCAAAUCAACAAAUAUUCAAGUAGAGGGAUCUAAUUAUAAAUACAUGGUUACGUCAGGCUUUGUACCAUCACCAAAUUCUGAAAAAAUAAUUGUCUCGACAAUUGUUUAUGUUGUACCGUCAAAAUACUUGUCUAUUAAACCAAAAAGUACUACGAAAUUAGAAUUUUUGACGAGUAUUUGUUACAGUGAACCUGUUGCUCUAGGACAGUAUGAAAAUGAACGUAAAAAUACUGAACGAAAAGCUCUUAAAGCAUUGAAAGAUGCUGUGAGUAUCCAACUGCAAGAAGGAUUAUUAAAUCAGCAUGUAAAUACUUGGCAAAGUUAUUGGAAUACUGGGUUCAGUAUCAGCGAUUCGAAAGCAAAAGGUGCUAUUAAUGGACACAAAAUAAAUUCAACUAUUUACUAUGUGCUAUCACAAAUACCACGCGGUACUCCUAAUAUUGAAAAAUCUAUGCCAAAUAAUGAAGGCUGUUACCGCGGGCAUCAUACGCUCGACGCAAUAAAUUUGUGGAAAGAUACGUCCACAAUUGACGGAAUAAAUUCCGUAGUUAAAGCUUGGAUAAUAACUCUAGAAAAACAAGGUUGUCAUCAUUUACUAGCUGGGCCAUCAUCUGUACAACAAGCAAUUGUAUUGAGUCUUGGUGGCUUAAGAUUUAGUAAUCAGCAUUUAGAUUUUAAUAUUGAUCCGCAAUAUCUACAUCGUAAUUAUUUGUUUAGACGAAUUAGUUAUGGAAAUAUUACACACGUAAAUAUAUCAGUGACGGUUGGUAACGACAAUCGUGCAAUAUUAAGUGUUGCGUUGGAUCGUAGUGAUAGCGAUUACUACGCUUGUGAUGCUGGUUGUUUAGAUUCACCAGUACUUCUUAGUCAGUCUUAUACAAAUUUUCCGGUUAAAUUAACAAAACCACUAACAUCUAUAUUAUAUAUUACUUCCGAUUAUCAGCAUAUGCAGGAUCUUCGCAAUGCGCUGCAUGUACAUGAAGUCGAAGAGGCACCAGCUCAUGAUCAUCAUAUUAUGGCUCUUCAUAAACACGGCCAUCAACUUGGUGGAUUGCCCACAUUCUUUUGGGUCAGCAUAUGUUUUCUAAUAAUAGUAUUCCACAUGUUUUUAUGUAAACUCAUUUUUACUGAGUACUAUGGCCGUCAAGAUCGUCAGCGAGGACGAUACAAUAAACCGUGACUUAUUUAUGGUAUUAAUUAAUUAAAUUAAUUAAUUACAAUAAUAUAAUUAAAAGUAAAACACGUGUAAGUGUGUAUAUAUUUUUCUUAUUAAAAAAACAAUUAAAGAAAAUUUUUUUUUAAUAUUAAUUGUAUUUCUUCUGACUAUAUAAUAAGUAAAAAGAGAUAAUUUUGAUAUCGGGUAAGGCCUUGGCAACGUGAUUUUUGAUAUCGACUUUAACUAUUUUUAUAAAUUUAUAUAAAAAAUUUUCAGUUUCGCGGAUUAUUUGUACCAGCAUUGUCGGAGGAUAUUAGUAAUUUAAUAAAUGAGUAUGUAUUUUUAUAUAUA